AUGGCUUCUCAGGGCCUCCAGGUCUUAGGUGUUUUACUGGCCUUGAUUGGUUGGCUGGGCACCAUCUUCACCUGCGCUUUGCCCAUGUGGAGAGUCACUGCCUUUGUGGGGGGAAAUAUUGUCACUGCCCUGGUGAUCAUGGAAGGUUUGUGGAUGAACUGUGUGGUCCAGAGCACGGGGCAAGUGCAGUGUAAAGUGUACGACAACAUGCUGGGUCUGCCUGAGGACCUGCAGGCUGCCAGGGCCAUGGUGGUCAUCUCUGUGGCUAUCGGGGUGUGCGGCAUCCUCAUGGCUGUGGCUGGAGGAAAAUGCACCAACUGCAUGGAGGAUGAAGUGACCAAAGCCAAAGUCUGCAUUGCGUCUGGAGUGAUAUUCAUUAUAGCCGCCUUGCUGGUCUUGAUUCCUGUAUCGUGGUCAGCUCAUGUGGUCAUCAGGGACUUUUAUAACCCACUGCUAAUUGACGCACAGAAAAGGGAAUUUGGACCUUCACUUUACCUGGGUUGGUCCUCUGCUUUCAUGCUGGUGCUGGGAGGAGGUCUUCUCUGCAGCAACUGUCCCCCAAAGGACGGCGGCAGACCCUACAUACCUGCCAAGUUUACCCCUGCAAGAAGUUUAUAUUCAAAUAUUGACUAUGUGUGA